AUGUGGGCGAAGCAGGUCGGCAAGUGCAUCCGGUCCCUGGGGCAGACGAUGGACCGCGUCGGCGUCGCGCUCGAAGCGAACCUCACCUACACGGAGCACCUGAACCCUUCGACGCGCGCCGUGAAGAACUUGGGGCGCUCUCCCACGUUUGGGGAGAAGGUGUUCGUGGCGCCCAAUGCGUCUGUGAUCGGGGACGUGAAAGUGGGCAAAGGCAGCUCCAUCUGGUACAAUGCCACAGUGCGCGGUGACGUCAAUCACAUCACGAUCGGCGAGAACACGAACAUCCAGGACCAGGCUGUGGUGCACGUGGCGAAGAUCCAUCGUGACAUUCCCACCAAGAUUGGCGACAACGUGACGGUGGGGCCCGCUGCGAUGGUGCACGCCUGCACGAUUGAGGACCACUGCAUCAUCGGGACGGGGGCACAGGUGCUCGACGGUUCGGUGAUUGGCGCCAAGUCCGUCAUCACGGCCGGCUCUAUUGUCACCCAAGACAAGCAGGUGCCUUCAGGGCAGCUCUGGUCGGGCGUCCCUGCUCGCUACUUGCGCGACCUCACGGCUGAGGAGAUGCACUUCAUGCAGCAGUGCUCAGCCGAGUAUACCGAACUUGCGGAGCAGUAUGCCGUGGAGUGCGCAAAGAGCUUUGAGGAGUACGAAGCUGACGCGGAACGCUUUAAGAUCUUGCGGGACGUGGGUGAGACGGGUUUGCCGCAGAAAGAGGAUUCGCGCAAGGAUACCGGUCUUUACUUUCGUUACUAG